UACUCAUCACUCCAUCUGAAGAUGACCUUGCCGGCAGGGAUGAAGAUUGAGCCAUCCUUGGGGAGAUCCAGAUCAUCCCCCGCCCAUCUCACGUGAUAUUUCACUCUCGGUCUCACUAUAAAAGGGUAUGGUGAUCCCCGAACAUGUUACUCUCACUUUUCUCAUCAUCUCUUCAACAUCAUGUUGAGACAGACUUUUAUCCUAUUUUCCGCUGUCGCACUGACCUUUGCUGCCGGAAAUGGUUGGUCUAAGAAAAAUGUUGCACAAAAGCAGCCAUCCCAAUUCGCUAGUGUAGCAUCCUACCAUUCCUCUAAACCAGCUCCUCAGCCAGCAAUAGCACCUGUACAAUCAGUAGCCCCUGUCCAAGUUGUUGCCCCAGUGCAAGCUCCUCAGCCCUACUCAUUCGAGUACGAAGCUGAUGGAAGUUCACGAAAAGAAUCCGCUGACGCAUCCGGUAAAGUUACCGGGAGCUACAAAGUCAUCAAUGAAGAUGGCACCAUAAGGGUCGUAAACUACGUAGCUGAUGAACUAGGAUUCCGUGCUGACAUUGACACCAACGAAGCUGGCACUAAGAGUUCCAAUCCAUCAAAUGUGGCUCUUAAAUCUGCAUUUGUCGAGCCAGCAGCUCCCGUUGCACCUGCAGCACCAAAGAAAUACGCAGCGAAGGGAUUUGCAGAAACUAAAGUUAACCAAGCUCAGUUUGAACAGCAACCUAUUCAGUACAAUACAGGAGGGGCUUCAGGUGCUUAUUCCUACAAUUACGAAGCACAAUUAGAAGAUGGUGGCAGUAGUGCUCGAAGUGAAAGUGCUGACGAUUCUGGUGCAGUAACUGGACACUACAGCCUUUCAGUGGCUGAUGGACGAAUGAGAAAGGUUGAUUAUUCUUCUGGAAAUGGAGGAUUUCAAGCAAAAAUCGAAACUAACGAAUUGGGAACAAAAAGUGAUUCUCCAGCCCAUGCACAAUUUUACUCUUCAGCGCCUCAACAACAAGCAGCACCUGCGCCUACAUCUUAUGCCCAAUCUAGCUCUUUUGCUGGACAGAAACAGAUCAGUUCAUAUUCACAAACGACUCCAGUUCGCCAAGAACCCAUUCAGGCUGUUGCUCCAGCAUUCAGUCAACAACCUAUCCAGCAAGAAAAUUACAAGCCACUUCCAUAUUCCUUCAACUACGAUGCCCAACUUGAAGAUGGAAGUAGCUCAAGAUCCGAAUCUUCUGAUGGAUCCGGAAAAGUGGUCGGUUCUUACAGUUUGGCUACUGCCGAUGGAAGACAAAGAACCAUUGAUUAUGAAGCUGACCACCUUGGAUUCCGAGCCAAAGUCAACACCAACGAAUUCGGAACCAAAAGUGAUUCUCCAGCAGAUGCCCAAUUCUAUUCAUCAGCUCCAAUGGAUGCUCCCGCUGCCCCUGCUUUCAAAGGUGCUAGCCAACAAAAAAUAGCUGGUUCCAAUACUAAAUCAUCUUUCCAAUCGCAAGCUGCAACUUCCAGUAAUCAGUAUCAGAGUUCAUUCCAAAGCCAGCAGAAUGUAGAUCAAUACAGUGCCGGUGCUGACUCAUAUGCACCUUAUGCAUUCAACUACUUGGCUGAACUAGAUGACGGAACAAGUUCGAGAUCUGAAUCUGCCGACGGUUCUGGAAAAGUUGUAGGCUCCUACGGUUUAAGUGUUAAUGAUGGUCGAACAAGAACCGUUGAUUAUGUUGCUGAUCAAGGAGGAUUCAGAGCAUCAGUGAACACCAAUGAAUUCGGUACCAAGAGUGACUCCCCAGCUGAUGUUCAGUUUUAUUCUUCAGCAGUUCAGGAAGAAGCAGCUCCUGCACCACAAACUUACAAGUCCUCUGGUUCGGCUGGUCAUGCAUCUAAAACUUCUGCCUUCGGAUCACAAACCGCACAUCAUUCAGCUGCAGCUAAACCAAUGUUUCAAUCAACUGCCAUCAAACAGGCACCUUUAAGUCAGCAACAAGUAGCAGCUGAACCUUCUUAUCAGCCAUCUCCCUACUCCUUCAACUACGAAGCUGAAGCCACCGGUGGUAGUAGUGCAAGAAAUGAAGCUUCAGACGCCUCUGGAACCGUUACCGGCAGUUACACAGUUCGAAAUGAAGAUGGGUCAGUGCGAGUCGUGGAGUACGUAGCAGACAAAAACGGAUUUAGGGCCAAUGUCAAAACCAACGAACCUGGAACCAAAAGUGAUGAUCCAGCCGAUGUUAUGUUCAAAUCUGAUGCUCCUGCCGUUGCACCAUCUGCUCCGGUGAGAAAACAAAUACAACAAGCUGCUGUUGCUCCAUCCAGGCAACAAUCUGCAGUUGCACAAAAACCAAAUUUUCCAGCUCGUGCACAUACACAAAAAACCAGCAUGCUGACCCAACAAAACGUUGAACCAUGGAGACGAUAAAAGACAAAUGUGAUAUCAUAUGCUCUAAAACUGACCUAAAUUUUAAAUGCUUUUACGCAACACUUAUUUUUGGAAGCCAUCAACUUUGUUAUUUAUUUUUGCCUUGCUUUCAUUGGAAACCAAUCAAGUCUUAAGUUAUUAUGAUAAUUAAUCAUGAUAAUUUAUGAUAAUUAAUAAGUUACUAUGAUAGACUUGGUAAGUUCUUAAAGCAGAACUUAAUUAAAAUUUGAUAAAUUUAUAAAGUUAAAUACAUUUCUACAUGCAUAAAUUUACAUGCAUAAUUUUUAUAAAUUGGGAGGAACGAUGACUCAGAACUUUAUGAUUAAAUUCUAAAUUUAAUUAUAUAUUUUGAUCAAGUUUGAUUUAGCUAUAUUUAUGACAUAUGAUAAACAAUUAUCUUCGGCGUGCAUUUAAAGUUUUGUUAAGCAUGAGAAGUUUAUCGAGAUAGUAAAUGUAAUUCAUGCAGUCUGAAGCAUAAGUAUAAUUUAUAAUGGAUAAUAUUUAUCUGUAAAUUAUCAAGUUUGAAACUUUGUCAAUGCACUGUUAAGAAAACUUUAUCACAAUUCAAAACUUUCGUCAAAAUUCCAUGCAAGCAUUUCUAAUUAGCUGAAAACGAAUACUUUAGUAGAGAAAAAAAAUUCGAAUUAAAUUACUUCUAAAAUUUAGUUCAGUUUAAGAGCAAGCUAGAGAUUUCGGAACAACAUAUAAAUAAUUUUCAUUAUUUGUAUAAAAAAAAAACAUUUUAGGGCAUUUAAAAAUAUUGAAAAAAAAUGUAAAUACAUGUGGGGUGCAUGAACAAAAUGUACAAAAAAAAAAGUGUCGCGGUGUCGGUUUUUAUCGUUUUGUUAAAGCGACGGCAUCUUGUUAAGUAAAUGUAUGCUAUUUUAUACACUGCUUCAUUUUAGAAUUUGUUGAACUAACAUUGUAAUUUUAUCUCUUACAUACAUAAUAUACUCAAUAGCAUCAAAUUAACACUUGUAAUAACGCACAAUGUAUAUUUGAUUCGCUAAACAACAAUUUAUUAUAUUAUAUUAAAUUUUGCAAUUUUAAAAGCUAUUCCUAUAUUUUUUUUACCGCCUUUGAAAAAAUUAUAAAUAUCUAAUUGUUUUAAAGAUUCAUUUCUUAUUGUUUGCGACAUCUAUUCAUUUUUAAAGUUUGUUUGCACCAUAAAAUAUUGUUAAUUUUCUACAUUUUUUCUUCUCCAAAAUAAUAUUAAAUUGCCCCACCGACAAAAGAGCUCUAUUUAAAUUAGCUUUUCGACAUGGUUUUAAACUGCUGCUAAUGAUAGCAGUUAGUAUUUAUAUACAUGCAAAUUUGUUGUACAGAUUUGUUAUAAGCAUAUCUUACAUAUCAUCUUAGAUUUACAUAUAAAAUUUCAUAAAACUCACCAUUUCACCAUGAGAAAUUCACCAAAUUUAUCAUAUAAUAAAUGAAUACUUUGACUGUGAUAUCAUGAGUAAAGAUGCUGUAAUGCUUAUGUGCUUGUUGUUCAUUGUGUUUUUGUAUAUUUUACCCUGUUUAAAAUAAAUGCAUUUUCAAUUUCA